AUGAAGCCACCCGCCACACAGGGCAGCUCUGCUGCCGCUGCAGCCCCAGCCUUGGACUCCGCGGAUGCUGCAGACCUGACGGACGCGCUGUGUGAGUUUGACGCGGUGCUGGCUGACUUCGCCUCGCCCUUCCACGAGCGCCACUUCCACUAUGAGGAGCACCUGGAGCGCAUGAAGCGGCGCAGCAGCGCCAGCGUCAGUGACAGCAGUGGCUUCAGCGACUCCGAGAGUGCAGAUUCCCUUUGUAGGAAUAGCUUCAGCUUCAGUGAUGAGAAACUGAAUUCUCCGACAGACUCUACCCCAGCCCUGCUCUCCCCUGCCAUCUCUACUCGGAAAGCCAAACUAGGAGACACAAAAGAAUUAGAAGACUUCAUUGCUGAUCUUGACAGAACAUUAGCAAGUGUGGAAUUGCUGGGUUAUAUGGUAACUCUGUUUAACUUGUUGAAGACCUUCCAAACGAUUUCCUACACAGCUGCAUCAUUUUACAUUUCCACCAACAAUGUCUGA